AUGAGGAUGAUGGUGCCAGACCAACUCCGAAGGUCGCUACAGAGCCGGCACUUUGCAAAAGUUGCAAGAAGGAUAUACCAGCCGGCACGCCGUAUUAUGAAGUCGACCACUCACCAAAAUGCGAAGAUUGCUGCAUUAGUGACGGUGCGAGGCCUGUACUUUGGACUUCUUCAAAACCGAUACAAUGCAAGACGUGCAAAAAGGAUCUGCCUCCUGGAACGCCAUUCUAUGAGGUGGACCGCUCGCCGAAGUGCAAGAGCUGCUACAAGGCAGAUAAGCCUGUUCCGAAGUUCGCCUCGAAACCGGUAA